CGGUCAGUGUCAUUCGGGUUUGUAUUUUUCGGGAAGAGCGAGGUUUCGUCAUGUUCCUGCACCAAUAUUUCCCUGGAUUUCAAUGAGAUAUCCACCUGCAACUAGUCUCAGUGGUGCAGUGACAAGCAAAGCGGAUAGAUAAUAAGUGAAAUUGUGAAUAAUCAUGGUGAUGAGUGUGUUGGAAAUGGCGCAAUUUGCACAGGAGAAGAAGCUCACGGGCUUUCUGCUCCUCCUCAUUCUGGAUCUCUUCCUCGAUGGUGCCGAGUCAGCAACGCAGGCAGAAAUCAACAGACAUCUGGAGAUGGGCAGGGAUUAUCUGGCCAGGAAUCAGCUGGCUGACGCCCUCACACACUACCACGCAGCCGUUGAGGGUGAUCCAUCCAACUACCUGGCGCUGUUCCACCGCGGCACCGUUUAUUACGCCCUGGGCAAGGCUCGCAACUGCCUCAGCGACUUCUCGCGCGUCCUAGAGAUCAAGCCGGACUUCUCGAUGGCACGCGGACAGCGAGGAAUCGUGUAUCUGAGACUGGGAGACUUCGACAGUGCCGAGAUUGACUUCCACACAGUGCUUCUCGAUGAGCCUUACAAUGAGGACGUGAACUACUUGUACAGCAAAAUUGAUCCCGCGCGCGAGCAAUGGGAGUCAAUUGAGGAGUUGAGAGCGCGCGGCGACUACAGGACGUCCAUUGCCUUCCUCACGCAACUCCUGGAGAUCUCGCCGUGGUGUGCAAAGUUCCGUGAGACACGCGCCGAUUGCUACAUCAAGGAGAACGACGUGUUGAGCGCCGUGUCUGAUCUCAGGUCUGUCAAUCGGCUGUCGCAGGACAGCACGGCAGGCUACUUCCGCUUGGCGGAGUUGCUGUACAAUCUGGGCCACACGGCGGAUGCGCUGAAGGAGAUCCGUGAGUGCCUGAAGCUGGAUCCGGAGCACAAAGACUGCUUUCCCUUCUACAAGAAGCUGAAGAAGGUGGAGAAGGCGCUGUCGGAUGCGCAGCAAUUCCUGGACGAGCGUCAGUUUGUGGAGUGCGUGGAGUCGGCCGAGAAGGCGCUGAAGUUCGAGACGGAGAUCCCAAUGGUGAUGUUCAGCGCCAAGCAGCUGCUGUGCUCGUGUCACGUCAAGGAGGAGCAGUUCACGCAGGCCGUGACACGAUGCCGUGAGGCGCUGGAGCUGCACAAGGAUCCCAGCGUGCUCUGUGAUCGUGCCGAGGCGUUCAUUGGCACCGAGAUGUUCGACGAUGCCAUUAAGGACUAUCAGGCCGCCAUCAACAUCGAUGAGCACCUGCAGCGGGCCAAAGAGGGACUGGAGAGGGCGAAGCGGCUGCAGAAGCAGUCCGAGCGUCGGGAUUACUACAAGAUUCUCAAUGUGAAGCGCACAGCCACGAAGCAGGAGGUGAUCAAGGCGUACAGGAAGGCGGCCCAGAAGUGGCAUCCGGACAAUUUUCAGGGUGAUGAGAAGAAGAUUGCCGAGAAGAAGUUCAUCGACAUUGCGGCGGCGAAGGAAGUGCUGACGGAUCCGGAGAAGAGGCAGCAAUUCGACAAUGGUGAGGAUCCACUGGAUCCCGAGGGUGGAAGUCAGCAUGGCUUCAGGGGUGGCAAUCCCUUCCAUCACUUCCACCACGGCUCGCCGUUCCAGUUUAAAUUUCACUUUAACUAAUCACACGAGGCCACGUCAGUGAAGCUGGAAGAUCGGCGGCGGCGCUUCUGUUCGUUCCGCCCAUCCGCGACCAAAACAAAUUCUGCCUGGAUGAUCCAGUCUCGCGAUAGCUUAACUUAUUUUCUCUUUCUUCUUUAUAUUUCUUUUUGGAGUUUUUCAACACAAUUUCCCCACCGUUUCGACACGAACUUCUUUUAUUUAAUCACAACACAAGAAAAGUGCAGGAAUGUGCAAAUCGCGGGAAGACGCGAGGAGGAGGAAUUCAGGGCCGUUUCUUGCCUUCUUUUUGGGGCAGUUUUCAAUCACAGCUUUGCGCCUUCCUGCACUUUGCUGAUGAUCAGCUCGCGAUUUUGCAAUAUUAAUCCUUCCGCGGCGCUGUUGGAAGUUCGAGUGUUGAAUUUGGGAGGGGUUUAUCAGUCAGGUUUUAAAGUGUCUGAUGGAAAAGUGUGACUGUGAGAUCUGUGUGAAUCUUGAGAAUAUCUGUAAAUACAAAAUAAUAAACUUUGUUAAGUAACGCAAA